AUGAACGGGGCGGAGCUCAAAGUUAAGCUGAACACGGGUGCGUACAUCCCUAUGGUUGGGACCGGCUCGAACCCCACAUCGCGUGAAAAUGGAUAUGAAGCAAAGACAAAGGAGUGGCUCUUGACUGCUCUCAAGAACGGGUAUCGACACAUCGACACCGCCUUUGCGUAUGGCUCGGAGAAGGCGGUCGGCCAGGCUAUACGCGAGUCCGGAAUUCCGAGAGAGGAGAUUUUUGUCACAACCAAGUUUCCAGUGACCCAUCACGGGAGAGUUAAAGAAUCCUUUGAAGAGAGCUUUGCCAACUUGGACAUCGGAUACAUUGACUUGUAUCUGACGCAUUGGCCAGGUGCUCUAGAAUACGUCGAAGGGGUUCUCAUGCCCAAGAACGCGGACGGUACCUUCAGAACCACGGAGAGCGUGAAUUUCAACCAGUCCUGGGCCGAAAUGGAGAAGCUCCUCGAAACGGGCAAAGUGAAAGCGAUUGGUGUUAGUAACUUCUCCAUCAAGACUCUCGAAGAGCUCUUCAAGACGGCAAAAAUCACGCCGGCGGUUAAUCAGGUCGAAAUGCAUCCCUACCUGGCUAGGAACGAACUCAGGAACUACUGUGCCAAGCACGAUAUUGUCAUAGAAGCCUACACGCCAAGCGGUCGCUCGGUCGUUCGAGAGGAUCCUCUGAUUGUGAGCCUCGCGAAGAAGUACGGGGUGACUCCAACACAAAUCAUCCUCGCCUGGCACAUCUCUCGCGGCAAUGUCUUUGUCGCCAAGAGUGAGAACGACGAGAGGCAGAAAGAGAACAUCGCAAUUCCGGUAAUCUCGGAGGAAGACUUGGGUAAAAUCUGGCAUCUCGACCGUGGGAUGGGGGUUUGCCCCGUUCCGACCUCGAAGCCGGGGGAGGCUCUUGGGUGGACAUAUGAGCGCCUUGGAUGGGAGGAUUUUCACCCCAAGGUGGCGAAUAUCUGA